UUCUUGAGGCUAUGGACGUCAGCACUGCGGCUGACACCGCUGAUUUGGCGUUCAACGCUGAGACGGCACUGAAAGGGGACGCUUUCGACCACUUUGAUGAAGUUGAAGAUGAUUCCCAGAAGAAGUCGCGAGAUGCGGUCAUCUUCCUCCUCGAUGUGUCCAACGUAGACACACUUUUCACUCCGGAAGCACCCGUAGCUGGUGACGGACAAGGGCUGUAUGGAAGUGGGGAGGCCAGUGGGAGGAGGACGUCGUGCAUCAACAACGUGCUCGAAACGCUGGCGAAUCUUAUGAGGUCCAAGAUCAUUGGUAGACCUGAAGAUAUGACCGGGCUGAUACUCUACAACACCGCAGGUGCUGAUGUGAACCCGAUGGAGCUAGCUGGAGUCACUGUGGUCCAGGACCUCCAACAGCCAUCUGCCUCCCGUAUCCGGGAAAUCCUGGAUCUGGCAGUCACCUUAGACCGCGCCGAGUUCGACCGCCGAUGGAGGAAGGGCCCUCCGUCCAUAUCUCCGGCGUUCGCCCUCCACAACGCGUUUUGGGUUGCCAGUAACAUUUUUCAAAGUCACGCGGCUAAAGGCAAUAUCGGACGUCGAGUAUAUGUCAUCACUAAUGAUGAUAAUCCCAGUGGGAGUCCACAGGAGAGGAAAGCCGCGGAAAUGAAGGCACUCGAUGUCGGCGCCAAUGAUACUGAUAUCGACUUGGCGGUCUUGGGGAUUAACAGCUCCGAGGAAGCACAACGAUUUGACGUCAUGAAGUACUGGGCAAACGUGAUACCUCUACCUGAUGAAGUCGAGGAGUCUCGCGAUCCCAAGAAAUUUCUAGAGAAUACCCGUGGCAUAAUGGAAGACUUAGCCACAGUUAUUCGACGGAAGGAGUACAAAGUGAGAUCCUUGAAUCGAUGCAACCUCACUUUCGCUGGUGCCCCCGACUAUGUGGCUGCCGUCCAGGUCUACUGUCAUGUCAAGGAAGCCAUCACGCCUCACCCAGUCUAUCUCCAUCCAGAGAGCCAUAAGCUGCUGAAGAGUGAAACCCGUUGGAUUAAUGAGGACAAUGGAGCGAUGCUAGACAGGGACACUGAAGUUCGUACGUAUGUGGACUUUGGCGGUGAGCAUGUGCCGAUCACUCGAGAAGACGUCGUGAAGAUGAAGUCUUUCAAAACCGAUGAGAACGAUCGAGACAGAAGCAACAUGAUAGCAGUGCCGCCUCUCGGUGGUGAGGGAGGGCAAGAGGGGGCGGAGGAAGAGGUCAUCAGCGGAUCAUUGGAAGUGAUCGGCUUCAAGAGCAGACGGAAGUUGAAGUUCCAACAUCGUAUCGGACACGGAUACUUCCUAUACCCUCAUGAAGGGAGGAUCACCGGCUCAAAGAGACUGGUUGAGGCACUAUGCUGUCGCAUGGCUAAGCGUGAGAAGGUCGCCUUCGUGAGGUUCGUCGCUCGUGCCAAUGCCCAACCAAUCUUCGGCGCUCUCUCACCGCAAAUGCCCGAUGAGGCCUCUCAGACUUCAGGAGGCUUGGUGCUCCUUCCCCUACCAUUUGCUGACGACAUUAGAUCGCUCGAACUACCAGGGACCAGCGUAGACGAGGUGAUCUCACAGGAAGAACAAAAACAACAGAUUGAAGCCGCCAAGUCGAUAAUAAGAGGCUUCAGGAUAAGUCAUUGGUCGCCGUACUCUAUCGAUAAUCCCUCACUGAAGUUGUUCUAUGCCGGGCUGGAGGCGUUGGCCUUGGGAGGCGACCUUGCCAGGGACGCAGUACAAGACCUGCUACUUCCGAAUGAGCGUAAAGGUGAAUUGGCUAAGGACCAUGUUGAGGCGUGGAAGCAGACGCUGGGGGUUGACGAUCUCUCGUCUCCACCAGCCAAGCGGCCGCGUGCUGCAGAGCCUUUCACUAUGGGCCUCGCUGUUGUACGAGCGAAGGUCCUCGAUGGCACGUUAAGCCGUCUCACUGUGUCGCAGUUGAAGGACAUCCUCAGGGAGCAGCGGCAGAGCACGAACGGGAAGAAGCAGGAACUAAUUGACCGCAUUUGUCACCUUGUUUAAUUAUCCAUUGGAGUUUCCUUUC